AUGUCUACCAGUGUCAAGCCCGCCAACCCCGACCCAGUCGUACCCAAGCGCGCUCGUAAGCGGAGAAGACGGCAAGCAUCAUACUCUGCCUCUUCGUCCGACUCGGACGACAGCUCGGAUGAUGAGCCCUCCCGACCCGUUCCCGCUCCAGCGGACGUCGACAUGUCCUCCGCCUUUUCCUCCUCCUCUUCAUCUUCCUCCUCCUCCUCCUCCUCCUCUUCAUCCUCGUCCAGCUCAGAUUCCGAAUCGGACGAUGACGCCGCGCCCGCCGAAAAAGCCGCGAAAGUCUCCAAACAUGGUCAACUUGCGGCAUCUAUCCGUCCCGCCAUAAAAACAAGGACACCGCGGCAUAUGUCCAACUCGCCCUCGCCUCCUCCGGCUGUGGCUGUCCCUUCGUUCUUGCCGAGCAGAAGCGGGGCGGCUGAGGGAGAGGAGGCGGGAGAAGAAGAUAGGAGGGCGAGGUUUAGGAGGGUGUAUAUGGAGAAGAUGGUAGAGGGGUUUGGAAGCGAUCUGGAUAAGCUGAGAACGUCUGACCCAACGAUGAACCCCGCUCGGAUACAACUGCUCGUCAACUCGCUCCAAGCAGGUAUAAGUAUCUACGGCGAUCCAUCAGCAUCUGAAGAUAGUACGAACAAACAGGCGGAAGGUGUCGACGAGGUCGCGGUCAUCUUGGGCAGCAAACCCUGA